AUGCAGCGUGAUCGACAUUCUUAUGAUCAAACCUCCCAUCUAGCCUUAGAAGGAGACAGUUGGAUGAUGCGACCCUUUUCAAAACAUAUCUCUCUUCAUUCCCCCACGAGCAUACCACCCUUACCUACCAGAAGCAUGGUCUCCAAGAGGACCUCCGAAGCAAAGUGCAAGCCUCUAGUCGAUCCCGAUGAUUUAUAUCGCCCGUUUGAUAAUAACCAGUUUGUCAAGCGGAGUUCAGAUUUUUCACUCGGGGAUGAUAAACCAGCAAAGCCGAAUGGGAUGAAGCCGUUGGAAUCAGAUGACGAUACGGACGCACCGGUUAUUACUCUGAGAAGUAUCAUAGUUGGAAUCAUCUUAUGUCUGAUUUCUGCUGCUAUUGCUCAACUCUUCCAGUUCAAGCCAGUACGAGUUCAGAUUUCAUUGCUCACCCUACAGAUCUUUUCAUUCCUUUUGGGUACUCUUCUGUCAAAAAUCCUUCCUACUCGUUAUCAUUGGCUUAAUCCCGGCCCCUAUUCAAUCAAAGAGGAUGUCUUCGCCACCACGAUGGCUGCAGCUCAAGAUCAUCAAUUCUAUGCUGUCCCCUUGGAUCAAUUCGAAAACCAGUCUAUAUCCUCAUUCCACGGCGGGGGAAGUCUCGCUAACCGUCGAAUCAAUCUAUUUAAGCUCGUCGCCCCCUUGAUUGGUCUGUGGGAAGUUUUACCCCAGUUCUUGGCCCCCACCCUUAGCGCCAUCAACGUUUUUUGUUUGGCUCUGCCCGCCUCAAAGCAGGUCACUGCACUCUUCGGCGGCGCUUCCCCUAACACUGGAUUCGGAAUGUUCUCAGUGAGCCUUGAUUGGACCAACAUAUCUGCCGGAGUGAAUGGUGCAUCACCAAUGUAUGUGCCAUGGAUCGCUCAAGUGAACUCAUGGAUUGGGCUAUGUUUCGCUAUGUCGAUGUAUCUUAUCAUAUACAAUAUUGGUCCUUAUGGCUCAGGCGCCAAAGACAAUUUUCCCCUGCUGUCUACAAGAUUGCUCACGGAAUCCGGGAAAGAAUAUAAUCACUCUGCCGUGUUUAUGUCUAAUGGUUCCCUCAGUCAGCAAGGCCUUGCCCAAGAAGGACUUCCGGCCUUUACACUCUCCUUUGUGAUUUCUCAAGCGUUUGCUGCACUGUUGAUGACGAGCGCAGUUACUCAGGCUCUCAUUCAGAAUUGGACUCUGAUCACUGGUAUCAUCUUUCCUGAUCGUGAUGAUGGGGUCCCAAAAGACAAGGAUCCCCACCUCGAAGAAAUGGUAAAAUAUUCUGACGUCCCCCAAUGGUUUCUCGGGUGUGUUUCUGUUGCAUCGGUGGCUCUUGGAUACCUUGGCGCGACGCUUGCUGGAAGUCAGAUGGGUUUUUUUGUAAUGCUGGCAGCAGUUCUUUUGGCGGCCAUCAUUGUCGCUUCCAUUGGCUUUUUGAAUGCGACUACAGGCUUCAAUCCAUAUUUGGAGGAUCUCUCAUCCGCUCUCUUUGGUGAAUUACUGACCUCUCUUAAUAAGAUUCGAAAGUUUAGCUUUGCUAACUUCAAUCAUCAAUUCCUCAGGUUUAACAUCUUCAGCGCCACAUGCGCAACAAUCUCCUUACUGAUCGCAAAAGAUAUCAAAAUGAUGAUCUACACAAAGGUUCCACCUCGCAAAGGAUUAUUCGCUCAAAUAUGCGGAGCUAUUAUUGGCGUUUUCGUGAAUCAGUUCGUGAUGGAAAUCAUUGUUUCUGCAAACGCAGAAGCUUUGAUCGAACCUACAGCUAGUGGACUCUUUUCUGGUGUUUCCUCACAAGCUUUAUUCAAUGAAGUUAGUACUUGGAGUCUAGUUUCCGGUGCACUAUAUGGGCCAGGGAAACGAUAUUUCUUCAUUCCUGCCAGCUUGCUUAUUGGGUUUUUCGCACCCCUUCCAUUCUUGAUCAUUGAGAGAACUUGGCCCGAUUCAAUCUUUGGGAAGUUCAACGUACCAUUGGUUGCUGGGACCAUACAAGUUGCGAUAAACGGUACUACCUCCGGUCGAUUUACUGCCAUAAUAGUUGGAUUCAUCAGCCAGUACUAUGUUCGAAUUUAUCGCCCCCAGAUCUUCACAGAUUACAAUCAUGUCCUGAGUGCCGCUCUAGAUGGUGGAACUCAAAUCGCUGUCCUCUUAUUAUCUUUCACCACUGGAAAAAUUCAACUUCCUCAUUACCUUUUCAACCCGGCGACUCCUUUUCUUAGAGAUUAUUGCACCCAAUUUUAG